AUGUCCUCACAGUAUGGGGUACCAGCCACUCCUCGCGUGAUAUCACCUUCUCCAACACCAUCAGAACGGUCAGAUUCGCGAGAUGGCUAUUUUACACGUUCCGCUGCGCGGCGCCAGCGGAUGACAUCGCCCCAGACAAUAUCGGAAGGAUCUAAAGAUGAGGAAGAAGUCGAUGAUUCCAGGACACAGUCUCGGACAAGCUCUCGCAGUCCUGCUGUAUCAUCCAGUCCCAGGAAGCGUCCUCCUCGACUUAGCUCUGCUAAAAAGACGCCUGUCGUGAAGUCGGAGCCCUUGACAAACGGGUUUCUGUCACCACCCCAUAAGGAGAGCGGCUGGCAUGAUAUCUCUCGGUCUCCCUCACCCCUGGGGCUUAUCCCGCUUCACCAGCGGUACCGCGCUUUCAUCCACCGGCACGAAAUCCCCCGCAAGCUUCUGCACGUGUCGAUCGGCUUCCUGACGCUGUAUCUUUACAGUCGCGGAAUUCAAACGUACCAGAUCACCCCAUGGCUAUUUUCUGCUCUAGUCCCUAUUGCUGCGACCGAUUUCCUCCGCCAUCGAUUCGAGGCCGUAAACAAGCUCUAUAUCACAGUGCUGGGUGCGCUCAUGCGUGAGACGGAGGUGCAGGGCUACAAUGGCGUUAUCUGGUAUCUGCUUGGAGCUUAUGUUGUGCUCAAGUUCUUUUCCAAGGAUGUCGGAGUCAUGGGCGUCCUCCUCCUGAGCUGGUGUGACACCGCCGCGUCCACUGUGGGUCGCCUCUAUGGAAAAUACACACCAAAGAUCCGCGACGGCAAGAGUGUGGCAGGCACCCUUGCGGCCUGGACAGUGGGCGUUGUUACAGCAGCCGCCUUCUGGGGAUGGUUUGUUCCGACUAUGGGAGCCUUCCCCAAUGAUCCUGAGGGAUCGUUCAUGUUCACCGGCCGUCUCAAUCUCCUGCCUACCUCGAUCAGAGGCCUCCUGGGAUGGUCCCAGGACAGCUCGAAUGGAGUCAUCACCGGACCUCUGGCUCUCGGUGUGAUGAGCGUCGUUUCUGGAAUCGUCGCGGCGGGAAGUGAAAUGAUCGAUCUCUUCGGAUGGGACGAUAACCUGACCAUCCCCGUCCUGAGCGGUAUUGGUUUAUGGGGUUUCCUCAAGAUUUUUGGUUAA